AUGGACACCAGUGACGGCCAGCUGGUGCUGCUGUCAGUGGUCCAGGAGGAUUGCAUGAACCCGGCCUUCUCGCGCUGGCACCCAAGGAAAAACGUCAUGUACACCUGCACGGAGUCGGUUGCGGAGAACGGCAAGAUCGAUGCCUGGAGCGUUAAUCCGACGAAUGGGCAGCUCACCAACAUCGGCAGCUUCGAUGCUGGUGGGACCUCCACAUGCUACAUCACCUUGGACAAGGCAUGCGAGAAUAUGCUGGUGGUCAACUACUGGAAUGCGACGAUCGGUGUCUUCGCCCUGGACAAGGUGACAGGAGCCGUCAGCUGCCGACGUUCCCUUUUCGAUCCCAAUGAGGGACGGCCGAUGAAGGCGCGCCACGACGCCCAUGUCAAUCACUCGGAAAACGAUCCGAGCGCACAGCAGGAGAGGCAGGCGGACCCUCACUCGCAUGCCGUGAUCCUAGACCCUUUCUACGGGCGGAUCGCCUACGUGCCGGAUCUCGGCAUGGAUUUGAUCCGCCAGUUCUACUACGAUCCGGAGGCUGGUGAGCUCACUGCCGCCGGGACCAUGUCUUCCGGGCCACCGGGUCGCAAGGCUCUGGGCCCUCGGUACAUCGAGUUCCACCCGACUCUGCCGAUUUGCUACGUGGUGAACGAGCUGGCAUCCGACAUUUCGGUUUUCGAAUUCGACCACGAAGCUACGGAGGCCGUCAUCAAAGCUGGGCGCCCCGGAGCGGCCCAGGCGCAGCCGACCUUGCGCCUGGUGCAGUCUGUUCGCACCAUCCCAGAUGCAUUCCCAGGGGAGGCCAACACUUGCGGUCGAGUGGCCGUGCACUCCUCUGGGAAUUUCGUCCUCGUCUCGAACCGAGGCCACGACAGCAUCACCGUCUUCAGGGUGCACUACACGCACGGCCACAGAGGCUUGUUGUCGGUUGCCGUGACGCAGCACACCCGAGGAGCGACCCCCAGGCAUUUUCAGUUUGACAGCUCCGGGCAGUGGCUCAUUACUGCGAACCAGGACUCCGACAACAUCUCGGUCUUCAGGUUCAACCUGGCGACUGGAAAGCUUGAGUGGACGGGAAAUGAGUACGAGGUGCCGUCCCCGAACUUCGUCUGCAACGUGGUGCCGCAUCAGUCUUCCGAGGAGGGCCCGAGAUCAAGCCUCUGA